AUGAGCUUUGCUCGAGAUGAACGCCUCGAGGAAACUUUCUCUUUCACAUGCCGCGCAAGGACCCCACCGCCGUUCCUCCUUCUCGUGCGUCCGCUACUGGUGAUACACUUCUACAAAAAGCACCUCCAGACCUUCCCUGCAACACCAACAUCUAGGACCCGACCACCCGCCUCAUCACAACAAGACACCACCACCAUGAUGGCAAACCCAAACACCAUCAUCAUCACCUCCGACGAAGUCCUCAACCUCCACGGCAUCCCGCAGAACUGCAAGACCAUCCGCAACGCUACCACCACCACCAUCACCUGCCCCAGCCCCAUCAACUCCUUCAACAUCUUCACCCACGCCCACACCAAGGACCCACCCGCCACCACCUCACACCCCCUGACCCUCGACUCCUCCACCUUACUCUCUGGGAUGCUAGUCGGCCUGCUUGUCAUCUUCGGCAUCGCAGAUCUCGCGCGGCGCGUUCAGGAGUUCGUCGAGAAGGACGAUGACGAUUAG